GCCACGCGGCGGAGGUGGGUAGCUGGCUGGGGCGCAGGCGAGGGCGGAGGCUCACGCGCCGACCCCGCGGCUCCGUCAGCUCUCCUUUGCUCCUCCUGCACCGCGGCCCCGGGGACCAGUGACAAGAGACAAGGUGACAUGAGAGAUUUGACGGUGCCCUGCACUGAAGAGCUUCCUGGUAGAAUUAAUCCUUAAAGAGACUGAAGUGGGUUUCAGGAUGGCCAAAGAGGAGCCCCCGAGUGCUUCAAAGGACUUGCAGGAGCUGCAGAGGAAGCUGUCUUUGCUGAUAGCAUCUGUCCAGAGUAACUCAAAGGUGGUUUCCUUUAUGAAGUCUCCAGUGGGUCAGUACCUGGACCGGCAUCCUUUUCUGACCCUCACCUUGCUGGUAUUUGUUGCUGUGUCAGCCGUUCCUGUCGGCUUCUUCCUGCUCCUCGUGGUGCUUACCUCCCUGGCUGCUUUAGUGGGAGUCAUAUUACUGGAAGGACUGGUCAUCUCUGUGGGCGGCCUCUCACUGCUUUGUGUCCUCUGUGGCUUGGGCUUUGUGUCACUUGUCAUGUCAGUGACAAUCAUGGUGUCCUACAUGGUAGUUUCCAGCCUGAUCAACUACUGGUUUUCUCUCAGGCUGUUGCCACAGCACAACUCCAGUGGUGACAGUCCGCUGGCCAUGAAGUCUGCACACAUAGAGGGGCUCUACCAGGAAUGACCAGCUGAAUGGAACCAAAGGUUUUAUUCAUCUCUGGAACACUGUUGGAUCAUCUUUGCCGCUUGGGAUUAUGACUUACAAGGGACUGGGUAAACACUUCCUGGAGGUGUCCUCUAGCUUUUUCACUUAUUUGUUGGGUCCUACAGUAGACAGUUUUGGAGAUCUUGUUGCUCUGGGCCAGUUCCAUCAGCUGACCCACCCUUACAAGGAGAAUCAGCAAAGAAUCCCAUUGGCUUGGUGGCUCUUUGAGCCUCUCAUCUCCUUCCCAGAGAUGCAGACCUGACUUUAACAAGGUCCUGAGCCUCUACAGGCCAGUGACCUGAUUCCCAAAGGCUCAGAUCUUGUAUCUAAAGUCCAGUUUGGGUAACCAUAGAUUGUUUUUACUUUUUCUUUCUUUUUAAUGAGAGCUGCUUAUUCUUCACCCAUUUGAAAAAAAAGAUAGGGGGGAAAAUCCAAAACAGAACAAGCUCUUCUGUUUUAUGAGCCUUUUAUCAGAAAGAUAAAUAGCAUUUGGGAAUAAUGGCCUCUCAGACAAAGUUAGAAAAUAGAGUCCAAUCUUACCCUUAUGGCCAAGAGCUUUUUUUUCCAAAGUCUAAAGGUAUCGUUUCCACCAUUGAAUACUGUUCAGUGAUGUUACUAUUUAAAAUAUUUGCACUUGACACUUUUGUAUUAAGGAAGUUGUCUUGUUAAGCCAUUUCUUCAAAAAGUCCUAUGCAAAUGCUAAACAACCACAAAAAUUUUUAAAUCCUAUGGGGUUUCUACUUCAGUGGUUUAUUUGCUAUGGUAUUUUAUUAAAUAAAUAUUUAUUUAGAU